UUCUUGUGAGGGGGGCCCCACCCACCAUCCGCCCCCGAAGCAGCCGCGUCGCCUCCCCUGUCCCUCUCGCGUCGUCCAUUCCAAGGAGCAUCAGCCACGACCCACGACCGGGCCGGCGGCCGGCGGGCGGACCACAACAAUAGGCGGAGCCACCCUAGCUACCAGCCGCCAUCACGGACGAGACAAGCGCGCGCGGAGUGAGGAGGGGAGAGGCACGCGCCACCACCGGCGGCUCCUCCUGCUUCCCCGGAGAUUCGAACCGGAGGCCCGCGGUGCGGCGCGGGGGCUGUCUAGCUAGCUGCGUCUUCUUGCUCGCCGUGGCGUGGCGGCCGGCGGGACGGGACGGGGACGGGGACGGGGAUGGGGGCGUCGGACAACACUAAGGGGCUGGCGCUGGCGGUCGCCUCCAGCGCCUUCAUCGGCGCCAGCUUCAUCCUCAAGAAGAUCGGCCUCAUGCGCGCCGGCAAGUGCGGCGUCCGCGCAGGCGGAGGAGGAUACACGUAUCUUCUGGAGCCUCUCUGGUGGGCUGGCUUGAUCACCAUGCUGCUUGGGGAGGUUGCGAACUUUGUUGCCUAUGUCUUUGCACCAGCUGUCCUUGUGACUCCUCUUGGAGCACUAAGCAUAAUCGUCAGUUCAGUGUUAGCGCACUUUGUGCUGAAGGAGCGGCUUAACAAGCUUGGCGUUCUUGGUUGUAUAUCGUGCAUAGUAGGUUCAGUUGUUGUCGUUCUACAUGCUCCUGAAGAGCACAUGCCUGAUUCCGUGGAAGAAAUCUGGGAUCUAGCUACUCAACCAGGAUUUCUAGCAUAUGCGGGAACAACAUUGUCACUCAUGGCAAUAGUAGUAGUGUUCAUCGAACCUCGUUAUGGUCAGAAGAACAUCCUGAUAUAUCUGGGUAUCUGCUCUUCAAUGGGAUCAUUAACAGUUGUUAGCAUCAAAGCCGUCGGUGUUGCCAUAAAGCUUACACUGGAUGGAAUGAACCAGCUUGCGUAUCCACACACAUGGCUUUUUAUUCUGGUCGCAGUUAUCUGCGGGGUUUCUCAGCUAAAUUACCUCAACAAGGCAUUGGAUACCUUUGAUUUAGCUAUUGUUUCCCCAGUGUACUAUGUAAUGUUUACCACCCUUACAAUAGUGGCGAGUUCAAUUAUGUUCAAGGACGGAUCUGGCCAAAGUUUGAGUAGUAUUGCUUCAGAAUGCUGCGGCCUCAUAACAAUCCUUUCUGGAACGAUUUUGCUGCACGCAGCAAAGCAAAAAGAAGCUGCCAGUUCUCCAGCAUCCACUUGGCCUUUGGAUAGAGGGAUAUCUUGGUAUAUCAGCGUAGGCAGCGACAAUCUACUGAGGAACGUCGAAGACGACUACUUCGCCGCCCCGCAAAGUUCCCCCGCCACACCCUGAUCGCGCAUUCGGAGUCAUGUCCAAAUACUUUGACCGCAGAAGAAAGUCCUCUGUCAGUUGUACAAAAAGGAAGAGAGAUGUGAGUUGCAGCGGAGUCUUAGCAGCGCCAGCAUUCUGGCGGUUUUGGUUGAGAAGAUGAAGAUUCCGUCAGCCAUUCUUUCGCCGUACGUACAUAGGAACCUAUCUAGAUUUCUCCAACCAUUUCAUACUAGGAACAGGGUAGGCCUCGCCGUCCAAUUCCAGUUUGUAAGCUGUUCGUCGAUGAGCGGUGAGCGGGCUGAAGUUGUCGGCCUGCCUGUUGUUGUGCAUUAUGUAGAACAUUUGUUCUUGUGAUUAGGCUUCCGAGUGGAACAUCAACGCACGAUUUCGAUGCAAUUGUUCUUCCAUGAGAAGAUUUUCGGCUUCA